GGCUCUGGUCACACCCCGUGGCGCCCGGCCCGCCUCCUUGCGUUACGCCCGGCCGGACCCCCGUACUUAGCCCCAGCACGACUCCAGCGCAAGAAGGCUCCAGGCCUGCCUCGUUCGGGACCUGGGUUAUUUCCCCUCUCUCGAGGGCUACCCUGGCAAAGACCUACAGAACCUUCCUUGCCGUACCUGCGGCCAAGCCAAGUACCAUUUCUCCCUGACUCGCAUCGGCUCCUCCAGAAUUCCCCACCUCCAUUGUUUCUUGAUCUUUUUCUCUCGGACCCUACGCUAAUGGGAGGAUCUGGAAAGCACUCUCUUGUUCCUCCUGGCUUUGGUGAUUGUUCCCUGGCUUACUGCUAUUUCUAGGUAUCUGGCCUCUUGCCGGGAUCUUAAUCUAAAAUGAUGACCAGGAACCUGAGAAGGUGACCUGGAUAUGCUUUUUUAGUUUUAUUUUUUAUUUAUUUAUUUUUUUUUUGUAUCUCACACUUAAUGGUGAACUGUACCCAAAGCUACGCUGGGUCAUUUCUCUGCGGAAGCGUGUUUGAUCUGAGACUGGUGGAGCACAUGAUCCAGAAGAAUCAGUGUCUCUUCACCGACACCCAGUGUAAGGUUUGCUGUGCCUUGCUGAUUUCUGAGUCCCAGAAGCUGGCACAUUACCAGAGCAAAAAACAUGCCAACAAAGUGAAGAGAUACCUAGCAAUCCAUGGACUGGAGACAUUAAAGGGGGAAACGAAGAGGCUAGACUCAGAUCAGAAGAGCAGCAGAAGCAAAGACAAGAACCAGUGCUGCCCCAUCUGUAACAUGACCUUUUCCUCCCCUGUUGUGGCCCAGUCGCAUUACCUGGGGAAGACCCACGCAAAGAACUUAAAGCUGAAGCAGCAAUCCACUAAGGUGGAAGCCUUGCACCAGAAUAGAGAGAUGAUAGACCCAGACAAGUUCUGCAGCCUCUGCCAUGCAACUUUCAAUGACCCCGUUAUGGCUCAGCAGCAUUAUGUGGGCAAAAAACACAGGAAGCAGGAGACCAAGCUCAAACUCAUGGCACACUACGGACGACUAGCAGACCCUGCUGUCACUGACAUAUCAGCUGGGAAGGGCUACCCCUGCAAGACGUGUAAGAUAGUGCUGAACUCCAUAGAACAGUACCAGGCUCACAUCAGUGGCUUCAAGCACAAGAACCAGUCACCAAAAACAGCAGUAUCACCCUUGGGCCAGAUUCCAGUGCAGAAUCAACUCAUUCAGAAAGACUCCAGCACCUUGGAAGACUGAAGGUGUCUCUGUCCAGCAGCUCAUGUAGGACCAGCCAUGAGUCAGCUUCCUGUGACUGUAGCCUGAGCCUGUCAUUGGCCGAGGCAAAUCCCCUCCUGCUGUUCCCUGUGCUGUGGGCCCUGCAGGUCGUUACAGGGAGGCAGGGGGAUUGAGAGGAUGGGAGUAGUAGUUGGAGAAUGGCCUGCCUCCUUCUCCAGCCCCUCUGGGCUACAUGUUCUGUGGCCCCAGUGCCUGUUUUCCUCUCCAGGUCAGUUUUGUGCAAAAACUGCAGCUGAGGACCAGAAUUGCCCCAGGGCUCCAAGUAUCUCCUGUGGAAGCUGGAACUUCAUGCAGACUUUGCCAAGGAAGGAAAUAGUAGAUGGAAGUAGCUACCACAUGGGAGAUCGAGCUUACAUCACACUCCCUCACCCUCCGGAAAGUACGGGCUUUCCUGAGCCUUAGACCAGAUGCUGGCCGGUUGUACAGUUCUUCUAACUGUGAUGUGCACAGUUCUGGCAGAGCAUUCCUGUCCCUCCUGCCAUCACCACGGUCCCUGAAUGGUGCUAAGGAUCUGUAACAGCUAAGGACAAACUGGAGCUGGAAGAGGCCUCGAUGCCCAGUAAGAUCCUAGGAAGCCCCAGUGGGGACCUUGCCCCUCCUCCAUCAGAGGUGCUCUGGCCCAGGGUCAUGUGGGAAGGUCCCCCACCUGCCACUUUCUUUAUGGUUCUAUGCCCUUAAAUGCAAACUGCCUGAUGCCAGCCAGCUGAGAGGUUUAUUGCUGCCCUUCAGCCCUAAUAAGCCUUUCGUUCCCCUUGUGCAGUGGACCCCCCUGCCCAGGUUGCUGUGGUGCUAUCCCUCACUUACCAUCCACAGAGAAAUUCCUGGGUACAAGGAGCCAGAGGGGCCCCAGGGAAAGAAACAGCUGGUGCAAAUUUUUACAGUGAAGAGCUGGGCAUACCUGUGGCACAGGUUUAUAAUCCCAGCCCUUGAGAGGCCGAAGCAAGAGGAUUGCUGCAAUUUUAAGGCCAGUGUGGGCUACAUAGAGAGCUCAAGGACAGUCUAAACUACAUAGUGAGAUCCU